GAGAACUGCUAGAGACAACCAGGUGAAAACAAGUCUUCCAGCCAACGCCGCCAAAGGUUUUCCUCGCGAAGUUGAAGCCUGGUUUGUAUCUCCGACACGAUGAGAGUCCGUAGGCGGAGUGAUAUGCUGUGGCUGACGGUCCCGAUGAUGACCGUGGUCGGGACGGUCCUCGUGCUGCUGGCACCGGGCGGGCGGGAGAUUCCUUCGGGCGGAGGAGCGCGGAGCCCCGACAAAGGCACAAAUCUCGCUCACGCCGGACACGACCAGACAUCGCCGUCCCGGAGCCUGCUGCAGUUCGUGGACGAUCACAUUCACUCCACGGGGGAGCCCGACCUGCGGUACCUGGACGGGGAGGUCCCCAACUGCACCCUGGCCUCCAUCCUACAGUUCCCGCCUGAUCCCAUGCCGGCUUCCGUCCGCAGGAACGGAGGGGUCCUGCUGCAUGUUUUAGUGGUCGUGUACAUGUUUUCUGCCAUCGCCAUCGUCUGUGAUGACUACUUCGUGCCCUCACUGGAGACCACCAGUACAAGACUGGGCCUGUCACACAACGUGGCCGGGGCGACGUUCAUGGCAGUGGGCAGCUCCGCACCUGAACUGUUCGUGGCCAUGUUGGGGGUGUUCGUGACUAAGAAUGACGUCGGUGUGGAAACAGUAGUGGGCUCCGCCAUCUUUAACGUGCUCGUCAUCACCGGGCUUACGGCGCUCUGCAGUUCAACGUUGCUGAGUCUGUCCUGGUGGCCGCUGUUUCGUGACUCCUUCUUCUACCUGAUCAGCGUCGUCACCCUGGUGCUCAUCAUUUACGACGAGAAGGUGAAAGGCUGGCACAUGAGCCGGGAGUCCUCCGCUCUGCUCGCGAUCAAACACAGCGCCAACACCAACCCGGACAGCUACCAGACACUGGAGAACGAGGGGGAAACUCCGGCUGAAACAGAUGGCAAUAUUAACAAAGAUGCCGCUAAUGUGGAAAAGAAAGACCCCGAGAAAGCCCCACCUGCCGAGCCCGAGAAGCCACCGGUCCCCCCUCCUGACGCCCCUCGGGCCGCAGGCGAGGGGCCACCGAAGAGAUCCCUGCUGACGGUCCCUGAGGGGAAGCGGAAGAUCGCGUUCUUCCUGAACUUUCCGAUCCACGCCGUCCUGUACGUGACGAUUCCCGACUGCCACGGUGAAGGCACCAAACAUCGAUACCUCCUGACGUUCUUCAUGACCACACUGUGGAUCGCCGUCUUCUCUUACGUGUUGGUCUGGAUGUCUACAAUCAUCGGAUUCACCAUCGGCAUUCCUGACGAGAUCAUGGGCCUGACCGUCCUGGCGAUCGGCACCAGCAUCCCGGACGCGCUGUCAAGUGUUCUCGUCUCCUCAUCAGGUCUCGGUGACAUGGCGGUGUCCAACUCUCUCGGCAGCAACAUCUUCGACAUCCUGGUGUGCCUGGGGCUGCCCUGGCUCUUCAAGUCGGCCGGCGGGUUCGCGGUGCACAUCUAUGGCGAGAGCAUCAUCUACUCCACCAUCACCCUCAUCAGCACCGUGUUCUUCCUGGUUGUUGACGUGCAUCUGAACGGCUGGAAGCUGACCAAGUCUCUCGGCGUGACGUGCCUGUGCGCCUACGUGUUCGUGCUCACCCUGGCCAUAGUGUACGAGCUGAACAUCUUCACUGCACACCUCCCCAUCUGCCCUCUGGAUGCUGACAUAUAA